GUUUAAAUCUAGGGUUUCUCUCCAUCACUUUCUCAACAUGCUUGCUUCCCCAUUCCAACUAUAAAUACGACUUUCUCCUUCUCACAAACCCUCUGCCUCCUCACUAUCUCAUCACCUCAAACUUCAAAGCUUCAAAGUUUGCAGAAAUGGCCGUUACUUUCUCCGAUCUGCACACCGAGGCCGGCCUCAAGUCUCUCGAAUCCUUCCUCUCCGGAAAAACCUACAUCUCCGGAAAUCAAAUUACGAAGGAUGAUGUGAAGGUUUACGCUGCUGUAUCUGAGAAACCUAGUGCAGAUCUCUAUCCUUCUGCUAGCAAGUGGUACGAUUGCGUUGCAGAGAAGCUUUCAUCAAGUUUUCCUGGUAAAGCAACUGGAGUUGGAAUUUCUGCUCAAGCUCCAUCAGCAGAAGCUGCUCCUGUUAAGGAAACUGCGAAGGAAGCUGAUGCUGCUGACGAUGAUGACGACCUUGAUCUCUUUGGUGAUGAGACAGAGGAGGAAAAGAAGGCAGCCGAAGAACGCGAUCAAGCAAAAGCAUCAGCAAAGAAGAAAGAAAGUGGCAAGUCAUCGGUUCUUAUGGACGUAAAGCCAUGGGAUGAUGAAACCGACAUGAAGAAACUGGAGGAGGCUGUCCGCAGUGUCGAAAUGCCCGGCCUUUUGUGGGGUGCAUCAAAACUUGUUCCAGUCGGUUAUGGGAUCAAGAAAUUGACGAUCAUGCUGACAAUUGUGGAUGAUCUUGUUUCUGUGGAUUCUCUCAUAGAGGAGCGUCUUACUGUCGAGCCCAUUAACGAAUACGUUCAGAGCUGUGACAUUGUUGCCUUCAACAAAAUCUAGAGGUUUUGUUUAUCUUGUUCGAAUCGGCAAAUUUUACUUGGAUGUGGUGGUGGUGGUGGUUGAUCAUUUUGUUUUGGCUUUUGUUUGUUUUAUGGUCGUAACUCAGUACUAAUAUAUUCAUCAAUCACAAAGCUUUCAUGGCUUGUUUUUGAGA